AUGGCGGAAGAACACAGAUGCCAAGCACCGCGCCUCUGCGCCAACAACUGCGGAUUCUUCGGCAGCGCCGCCACGCAGAACCUCUGCUCCAAGUGUUACCGCGAUCUCCAGCUCAAGGAGCAACAAUCCUCCUCCGCCAAGCUCGUUCUCAACCAAUCCUUGGUUCCGCCAUCUCCGUCACCCGCCGCCGUUGCUCAGCCGUCUUCCUCUUCGUUUCCGCCAGCUGCAGCGAUCGAUUCGUCAUCUUCGGCGGUAGAUGCUGUGGAUCAGCCACGCGCGGAGGCGGCGAAACCAGUUCUGCAGAACCGGUGCAUGACGUGCAAGAGGCGCGUGGGGCUCACGGGGUUCAAGUGCCGGUGCGGGUUGACGCUGUGCGGGGUCCACCGGUAUCCUGAGCAGCAUGGUUGUGAGUUCGAUUUCAAGGGAUUAGGGAGGGAUCAGAUCGCGAAGGCGAAUCCCGUCAUCAAGGCUGAGAAGCUUGACAAGAUCUGA